AUCUUUGCUGUCAUUCUUCACAGAACCGUGAUAAAUGGUUUUGCAAAAGGUUACAAUAGGUGAGAUAAUUUCCUCGAUUUCAUCUGAUACAUCAUUCAAAAACUAAAUCGCAGAAAAUAAAACGGCUCAACGAGAAUUGUAAUUGAAUUGUACUCCACCGAUGGUGAAAAAGCAUUGUGUCAAUUUUCUGUGUCAAAAAUCAGAAGAAAAAUCAUAAAGUUCCACAUCCCACGCUCGCUUCAACAGUGAAAACACCAUCCAAUGAGUGACUACCGGGCGCGACGACUUCUAGUUUAGUGCGGCUCGGUUUAUUGCCCAUAAUCAAGUGCCGGUGCCGACGUUGUCGGGUGGGAGGGAAGGUGCAAACGUGUCGCAGCAUUAUGACCGUGAAAAUUUUUCGCCGGGGAUCGGCACGCUGCAUAGGGCUUCUGUCGGCGUUCGUGACCAUUCUGCUGUGCUUGUACUACAUCUCGAUGGGGCAGCCAUCGAACACGCCAACGACGGCCACCGCAUCCGGUGCUUCUUUGCUGCACAAGGAUGCUGUCCUGCACCAGAAACGAUUAAGCAACAUUCACGAUUCGCACCAUGCCGGAGGCGGCAAUCCGAAUGCAAAUCAAUCGUGGCACAGUUGGCUGCGGAACAAUCUCAAUUCGAUCAACAGCAAGGAUCGACCACCCGGUCUCGGAUCGGAACCAUCGGACAGCGGAGGCUACCCGGACGGUGGCGGGGAUGGUGGUGGUGGUGGCGGCGGCGCAGGAAGCCAUCCGCCCCGGUUCAGUGCCAAGUGGGACGAAUGUGUCGCACUGGAGGAAACCCCAACCGAUAUCACCACCGGCGAUGAAUAUGGAAAUUUCGAUUUUCAGCCCGAAUGGAUGAAAACAAAGGAGUACUGGGACAAGGACUUCGAGAGCCGCUAUGAGAAGCUGCAGAAGGAUCCGAACCGACCACCGUUGAAGAUUGUGGUAGUUCCACACUCCCACAAUGACCCCGGGUGGUUAAAGACCUUCGUCAACUACUUCCAGUCGGAUUCGAGGCAGAUUCUAAAUUUGGCCGUCACAAAAAUGCCCGAGUACAACAAUAUGUCGUUUAUCUGGAGUGAAAUCAGCUUCCUUCAGCUAUGGUGGGAUCAAGCACAUCCCACGAAGCAAAGGAUAUUGAAAAAGUUGGUCAAAUCAGGUCGGUUGGAGAUAACGACCGGAGGUUGGGUAAUGACGGAUGAAGCAAAUGCGCAUUUAUAUGCAAUGGUUGAUCAGCUGAUUGAAGGUCAUCAAUGGGUGAAAACAAAUCUGAACGUCACCCCGAAAAGCGGUUGGAGUAUAGACCCUUUUGGGCAUGGUAGUACGGUGCCGUAUUUACUUGCAGCAAGUGGUUUCGAAGGCACCAUCAUCCAACGAAUACACUAUGCGUGGAAGCAAUGGUUCGCUCGCCAUAGAUAUGGAGAUUUUCUAUGGAGUCCAUACUGGCGAACACCCUCCAGUACCUUCGACCACAAACAUACUCUUCUUACCCACAAUAUGCCCUUUGACAUCUACUCAAUCAAGCACUCCUGCGGGCCACACCCAUUCAUCUGCCUGAAUUUCGACUUUCGUAAGAUACCCGGCGAAUACACUGAAUACUCGAUCAAAGCUCAAUUCAUCACCCCGGAAAACAUCGAAUCCAAAGCUGAUCUUCUCAUGGAACAAUACUCCCGUACUGCUUCUCUGUUUCCUCAUAACGUGGCAUUAAUUCCCGUCGGAGACGACUUCCGUUACAAUAAGGAGAAGGAAAUGGAGCAACAGUACACCAACUAUAAGAAAUUGAUUGAUUACAUAAACGAAAAUCGCAACAAAUACAAGGCGGAAAUCAGUUUCGGCACUCCGAAGGACUACUUUGAAGCUAUUAAGGAACGGUACGACAAAUUCCCCAUACUCAAAGGGGACUUUUUCGUCUAUGCCGACAUUUUCAACGAAGGACGCCCAGCGUAUUGGUCCGGCUAUUUCACCACCCGUCCGUACUACAAAAUUCUCAGCAGAGAUCUCGAACACAACCUCCGUAGCUUGGAGAUCUUGUUUACGUUGGCGUUCAACCGCGCCAGACAAGCCGGUAACUCCAAUGCCUUCAAGAUCUACGAAAAGAACUACGAGAAGAUGAUCCUCGCUAGGCGAAAUUUGGGACUGUUUCAGCAUCACGAUGCGAUCACUGGUACGUCCAAAGCUAACGUUAUGCGAGACUAUGCUCUGCGGCUUUUCGAAAGCAUCCAAGACACAGUCAAGCUUCAAGAGAAAACCAUCGAGCUACUUGUUCAGAAGAAGAGCACCGAACACAACUUCCUGAUCGGAGAGCUGGAACGGGACAAUUUUAGCAAACUUCCUCGAAAGACGCCUCUAAUCGUAACGGAAGCUCGCAGCACUGACUUUGUAGUUUACAAUGCGUUAGCGCAAGAACGACUAGAAGUAGUCCUGGUUAGGACUCUCACUCCUCGUGUGAAAAUCCUCGGCCCUAAUGGCAAUCCAAUGGACAUUCAAAUCAACCCGGUGUGGAACAUUACGGAAACGUCUACGUACGCGUCGCGAAAGAUCAUUCCAUCGGACAAGGAGUACGAGAUCAUGUUCGUCGCAAAGCUGGCAGCCCUAUCGUUGACGACCUUCACGGCGGUCUACGACGACGAGUUCAAACCGAAGAUGGCAACACUGUACUGCAAUGAGUGUCAGGAUGAUAAGAAUGAGAUCUUUGAAAUUCGAAACAAACAACCUGGCGAUAUUCAGCUGGAAAAUUUCAAAAUGCGACUCCUGUUUGACGAACAGAGUGGAUUUUUGAAAUCCGUCACCAAGAAAAAUAUGGGAAAGCAGAUUCAAUGCGCCAUCAAAUUUGCCGCGUAUAAGAGUGCGCAAUUCCACUCGGGUGCCUAUUUAUUCAAGACGGAUCCGGAGCAGAGAAAUUCCGAAAAGGAAGUACUAGAGCAGUAUAACGACAUGACGAUUCUGAUCACAUCUGGUCCUCUAGCAAGUGACGUGACCGCCAUCUAUGGGCCAUUCCUCGCUCACACCGUGCGGAUUUUCAACUCCAACACGGUCAUGGAUAACGGAAUCUACAUUGAAAACGAUAUUGACUUCGAAAUGCCACCAAAAAAUAGGGAAACUGAGCUUUUCAUGCGCUUUGUGACGGACAUAGAAAAUGGCGCUAGCGAGAAUCCGGAAUUCUUUUCGGACUUGAAUGGAUUUCAAUAUCAGAAGCGAGUGAAGGUACCGUCGAUCGGUAUCGAAGGCAACUAUUUCCCCAUAACCAGUGGGGCGUUCAUCCAAGAUGACAAAAUGAGACUGACAUUGCUGACGACCCAUGCUCAAGGCGCUGCCAGCUUGGAGCCCGGCCAACUUGAGGUCAUGCUCGAUAGGCGAACUCUGUACGACGACUACCGCGGCAUGGGCGAAGGUGUUGUCGAUAGCCGCCUGACCCGCCAUCGAUUCUGGGUUGUUCUGGAGAAUAUCGAAUCCCACGCACCACCGAUAGCUGAAAACCCCUCGGGGCCAGCUGACGAACCGAAACCCGCCGAAUUCCAACUGCCUAGCAUAUUUGCCAAUCAGCUGGCCAAUGGGCUCAACUACCCGGCCAAUCUGUUCAUCGUAGAGAAGUAUGACGAAUCCAACCAAAUAGAACUAAACCGGGCAGUCCACCUGCUGGCCGCUCCUUUCCCCUGUGAUCUUCACAUUCUGAAUCUCCGCACCCUCACCGAGGGCAACCUGCCACUAUUUCCGUCGAGUGGAGCGCUGCUGGUGCUGCACCGACAAGGCUACAACUGCCGGAUAGGCGGCGAAGAAGUAGUAAAUUAUUUUUGUAAUAACAGCAGUAGUAGCGUAAGUUCUAGUAGUAAUAGUAAUAAUUAUAUAAAUGUAGAUAAGUACAGUAGCAAGCUGCAGCUCUUCGGUGGGGUGCAGCUCGAACGAAUUACCGGGACCUCAUUGACGGGGUUGCACCCGGGGUCGCCGGUGCGGUCCGUCGGGGAAAUCUAUCUGGAACCGAUGGAACUGCGGACGUACAAUCUGACGUUCGUCAAGUGAGAAAGGGUGAGCGAUGUCGGUGGCAGCGGUGCAUUCGGUGCUGAGAAGGCAAAGGAUAGACUUUUAACGGUGUAGAUUCUCGGUUUUGGAUUGGUUUUAGAAAGAUGAUGAAAAGGUUACUUUUGAGUGAUUUGCUGGGGCCGGAUAGAACUGAUAGAAAUUCAUUCAUAUUGUUAUGAGUUAUUAAACGUUUGUUCAUAAUCGUUGAAAAAAUGCCGCUACUUUAUUGUAAAACGUUUGGGUUCUUAACUCUGUCCCUCUUUUACAUCAGCUCUACAAUAAUUGGUAAGGAAAGAGUGCUUCCGUAUGGUUUUCUCCUGAUCGUUCCAGUUUCGGGUCGUAUGGCGCCUAUGUUGAAGUGUUGGGAGCCUUUGAAAAAGAAAAACAGAACAUCAUCUGAUAGCCUUUAAUUCCUGUAAGGUAGAUACAAAUGGAAAUAAGGGGUUCUAAAAAUGUCUCGUACAAUCUAGUACCUUCUUAUGACUUUGUACCAAGAGGUACCAAGAGGCACAACAGAGAUUGAAUAAACUGCGCGUUCGAUGGCGUAUUCGGUGUGUUACGUCGAGGUUAUUCUGAACACCCGACAAUGACCCACAAAUGAAUAAUUGGCUGAGUUGAGCCAACUUUCCGGUUGUGACAGAAGAUCAGUGUGUUGUUAUCCAUGGAUUGUUGGAACUAUUUUCAAACCAUUACAAAAAUUACACGGUCUUCUCAUGUGAGACAUGUCGAAAUCGACAAUUCUCGAGUCAUUCGAGACGCUGAAUAAGCACAACUGACAAACCUGCAGUCGUGAUAGCCAGCUGCAUUAAGUUGGAGAGGGUACCUCUUGGAGGUAGUCACUUUCACUACCGUAAUUCGGUCGCUAGUAAUUUAUCAAUCUCAAUAAGGCUUUUUUCUAGGAUUUUUUCCGAUCAAUAUCCUCAUGAACUUUCUGAAAACCUGGAACCUAGAAUCCUACAAGAAUAGUUCAAGAUCAAUGUAAUUACGGUUGUUUGGUACAACCCAGUGCAACACAAAUACAAAACAAUGUAGAUAUGUACGCAUGUUAAAAAUCAAAACCGACAUCGUCUCAUUUAAAGUCCCGUUAAGUAACAUUGAUUUCAAGAAAACUAUUUGAACCAAUCCCGAAGCGCUCGAGAUAGCAUGAAUAAGUUAUCGAACCACAAGAAUGACAAGAUAUACAAAUGCUUCACUACUCUCUUCCCAGUCCACUCUAAUUAUCUCUAAAACAAGUCGUACAUACAGGCAACAUUAUUUUAUUAGGAAUAUGUUCAUUAGUUCUCAUAUUAGCCAGAAGUCUUUCAUCUGUUUCCGAUAUAAAAUAGACAAAACUACGCAAAACCCAACAAUAUAAUCAUUCCACUUUGAAGCGAAAAAACAAAAGAACGAUUCGAGCCCGUAUGCUUUGGUUUUUUAUGAUAAUUAUUAUUUUUACAAUAAUGAAGCAAUGCACUAGUUUACUGUUAGGUUCAAAGCAAGGGUAUGAGUAACAGUCAAACUAAAUAAAACAGGCAACCCCUACUUCUGUGUUGUAUAUACCAAAACUUAGCACGUAAAAUCUCCUAAACUACCAAUGUUUGUGAUCAUAGAAUUAGUAAUGUCUCACGACGUGAAGCAUUUCUUCCUCCCGCUCGCAUAUUCUAUCUGGGAAAAUGUUCUUAUGUUGUCCAUUUGUAAGAAUCUCGAAAAUUAUUUUAGUUCCACAUGCUUUUCAAAUCAUUUAAAACAACUGUUACUUGUUAGGCAAAAAUGCGAGUAUGGGCAGCUCAGUUUCUCUUUAAAACAUCCAAUAUGUUCUCUCUUUGAAAAAAAAACUGCAAUAAAUCACUUCUCAUUGUAAAUGAUUAUUAGUUUUUUUAUAUAUUUCCCCUUAGUAUAAUAGAAACGUAGUUCAAACCACCGUCCAUCAGAAUUAGUUUUUACCCACAUUUUCCAACUUAUUUCAUAGUUUUAUUUUAUAUAUUUAUUAUUUAAAAUUCACAUGCCCAUUGUUUUGCGAACAAGCAAAGCACCACCCCGGAGAAUCACCUGUAUGGAAAUAUGAAUCUCGAUCAAAAGCGAUUUGGAACAUCUCACCAACAAGGAUAUGCUAGAAAAACAGAAAAAAAAAAAAUUAGAAAAAGAUAGUAUCUAAACAAUUGCAGAUCACCUAUGUUAAGAAAUGGAUUAGUUGUUUUAUAUGAAAAGGAAUAGAACAUAAUGCAGCUAGAGAGAUAAUUAAAAAUUAAACUUUUCCCUCAGCAUGAACGACUCUUCAAAGAGAUGGGCAUGAAGGAAAGAGUAAAAAUUUUUAAUUUCGAAUUGUCUGUUUGUGAACUCAAUUUUCCUUUGGUUGAAAACUAAGCAAACAAUUCUCGAACAACGUGUGGCGAGUUGUAGUGAAAUAUAUAGGAUAAUUGGACAGUAUUUGCAGUUCCAGCAAGAUUGCAAUCACACUGCUGUACAGGUUUUGAUUUCAACGUUACACAGUACAGGUUUUUCUCACAGUAUUUGUACAAAGCAAGAAAAAAAAUCAAACAACACGUGGGAAAUUACUUUACAUGAAGUCGUAAUAUUAGAGUUUUUAAACGAAUAUUUUCUGUUAUACAUCUAAACGAAUGAACAUGAAUUCCGAACAAAUUGAAUUUUUAAUUCUCGAUAUGCUUAUAAAGAACAAAACCAAAUGUCUGACCUACAAAUGUAAGUAUAAUAAAUAACUAAAUAUUUUAAAAACA